AUGAACCGGAGCCAGGCGUUUCCGUCUUGGGACGGCAACCACGCGACCUGGUCUGAUUAUGUUCGCCGUGUACGACUCGAGUGGAUGCGGACAGCUGAGAAGAAAAAAAGGCUUGUUGGAGCCUCUCUUGCUUCGAAGCUGACCGGAAAGGCGUGGGAAGUAACCAUUGAGUUGGAUCCUGCUCGCCUCCAGGAUCGCUGUGGAGCUUCUUAUCUGCUGGACUACCUCGAGGAGAAGUUGGCGAAAACCCUUGUCAGGGCGGCCUACUUCCUCGACUACCGGUGCCCCGCCGCGGUCUCCAUCGCCCCGGAAAGGUUCUUCUCCUUCGAGCUCCGCGCUUCGACGAGGAUCUCCGGCAAGGCGGCGAUCUUCUGCGACCGUGGACAACCUUCACGUUCCAGUGAGGUGGAAGAGCUGCAGCGAUGGACCGAUGAGGAAUGGGAUGACUGGGGAGGACGAUGGCGACGUGACGAUCGCAGCGAGACCUCAGACAGAGCUCCGAAGGAACUGCUUCCGGAGCCCGAGUGGGAGAAGUACGACAUCAAGGAUAUCGAGGUUCUCCCAACUGAGAUUCUGGGCUGGUUGCUGCUGAGGAAACGUGGGCUGCCGAGCCAUGCGAGGCUGGCCGUUUUGUCGGCCACGAACAACGUCCUCGAGCUCAACGUGGUCGAGAAGGCCUUGCGUGAUCAAGAGGAGGAGCUGCUGGCUUCGGAACGACACCGCGAUCAUCGUGAUAACAGGAAUGGGUGUCGCAGGGCGCCGACGGAACUGAGGUCCACUGGACUUGGCACCAGACCGAGUACUACACUCAGGAUGCCUAUGGAGUGUGGUGGUCCUACGAAGCCCUGGAUGGGCAUCGAGGAGUGCUAUCAGGCGGAUCCCGACGGCGCGAAGGAGGUUGCGGAGGCCUACGCCGCCUACGAGCAGAAGGUUCGCAACUUCAAGGAGUCCCGGCAGCUCAUCGCGGCCAAGAACACCGCCCGCGGCUAUUCUCCAUUGUCUGAGGGCAAGCAGAAGGGCAAGAGCAAGUUUUCGAGCAAGGGCGGCAAAUCGACGGGCAAGUGCUGGCUGCCGAAGGAAAAGGAAAGCAGAGGCCUGGCAAUGCUUCCUACACCGGGACAUGGAAAAGGAUCCGCCUCUGCCGCGUCCUACAUGGUGAUGAAUGAUGAAGACGAGGAGCUUGUCAAGGACGAGGCCUCUGAUCGACUGCUGUGCUAUGACAUCUCGAGCGACAUUCCCCAGGACUUUGAGACGGCAUGGGCCGCUGCUGGGCAGUUGUAUGCCGGUUUUGGUAUCGUGGACUCCGGUGCUACCGAGACUGUCGGAUCCCUUGAGGCAGUCGAGGCGGUGAUGUCCAAGAGGAAGGCCAUCUUUGGGAUGGAGACGGUGUCCGUCUUCCCGAACGUGGACAAGUCUUUCCGCUUCGGCGAGCGGAAGAGAGCCUCAAGCUACUUGCAACUGCCCCAGCUGCUGAACAAGAGCAAGGUCCAACUUGGCCUCUACACCUUGGACGUGCCACAGGUCCCCAUCUUGAUUGGGGUAAAGACUCUCAAGCGCCUGGGAGCUCUGAUUGACUUUGAGAAGCCGACUAUCUGCUUCAAGAAGAUUGCUCCUGAUGUUUUCAUUCCACUCUGCACCCCUCUCGCGCUGGUCUCUGCCGCUAGUUGCAGGCAUUGGGCCAUUCACUCAGAGGGAAAACUGUUUAUGAGUUUGCGGUCAGGGGGGUGGCAGACUGUUUGCCAUCGGUGGAGGCGGCCCCUUGCCACCGCCAGGCGUGAACCGAGUGAUGACCGUGUCGCGCCCUCGGGGUUGGAUGAGCUGCUUUGGUGCCCAGUACCCGCGGAGGGAUCCAACGGGAAGAGCACUAGCCAUGUUUGGCAGCAGCCACCAACCCGCGCCCUGUCGGGGACGCUCCAGACCUGGCCCAGUACCGUCGCGAGCGAUUGCGUCGGGAAGAACCGUUUGAUCUGGCAGAGGUAUCGAGGAUGGCAUGCUAGCAAGUCUGGACAUUUGAUGAUCGACCUCACGAAAGAUUGGAUGUCUGGGGCCACUGUUUUCAGCACUCGCGUCACCGGGCGCGGCACUCGUGCACUCCAGCAGAUUGCAUCGCGAUAUAAGGAUUGCUUGCUUUCUCGUGACCAAGAGUGUGAUGAGGCAGAGUCAAGUGAGUGUGCCCAUGAACAUGUAGGGCUGCAACAUGGUCAUGCAGACAGUCUUGCUACAAGACUGGCCGACUGGUCAGAAUGGCCCUCCUGGACAGAGGACUCUUAUGCGUCCCAGGAGCAAUGGCAGUACGGCUACAAUCGCUGA